AGGGUUUUAACCUGGUACCAACAUGGCCUACACGACACACAUCACCGUGCCGAUCUACUCCGUCUACAUCGUUUUGGCCGCGAUGCUGUCAGCUGUAGUCAUGGUAGCUGCUGUAUUCUACAAGUCUCGUAAACCAAUCGAUCUCGAUCAGCUGGAUUGUGAGCAGCAGGCAAAGCUUUUCAGCCCGAGUAUGUUGGCUCCGCAGCUGAUUUUGGACACCAGCCCACGACCCGUACAACCUCUGACUCUCAAGCAGAAGCUAACACCGUGGAAGAGCGCGUCUCAGCACGUCAUUGACUCCCUGAAACCCGAGAGCGUGUCUGAGUUCCGUGGAAAACUGAACUUUUCCAUUGCAUUUGAAAAAGAAAUAAGCACACUUCAUGUCCAUCUUCUCGAAGCUGUUGACUUGCCUGUCAAAGACAUCACAGGCAGCUCCGAUCCAUACGUGCGUGUCUUCUUGAUGGAGGAACCAUCCAAGAGUGAACGAACUAAAGUGCAUCGCAGAAAUCUCAAUCCAAAGUUUAAUCAGACGCUCUCCUUCCCAGGGCAUUCCAUGAAAAAGCUCCACGACAUGACACUUGUGAUGCAGGUGAUGGACUAUGACCGAUUCUCUUCCGACGAUCCCAUCGGUGAAAUUCUCCUUCCCAUGAAGAGCGUAAAGUUUGAGAACAGCCCCGUGUACUGGAAACACCUACAAAGGCCAACGAUCUCUAGGGAACAAUGCGGAGAGUUGAUGCUGUCACUGUGUUAUCUUCCAGAAGUGAAUAAGAUUACGGUCAGUGUGAUCAAGGCAAGAGACUUAGCUGCUAAGGACAAGAUGGGUAGCUCUGAUCCGUACGUCAAGCUGUGGCUAGUCCAACAAGGAAAUAAACUGGAAAAACGCAAAACCACGGUGAAACCACAGACAUUAGCACCUCUUUACAAUGAGUCAUUCGCCUUCACAGUCCCGGCAAAGGAGGUUCUUGAGAAGGAAGUCAAUCUUGUCGUUACGGUUAUGGAUUACGACCUCUUAUCAAGCAAUGACGAAAUCGGACACGCAAUCAUCGGUCCAUUAGGAGGAGAGGCAGGCGCCCGUCACUGGAAGGAAGUGAUAGAUCACCCAGAAACUCCGCUAGCCUUAUGGCAUCGGUUAUCCCCGCGAUGUGAAUGCAUUCAAAAUUUUGGAUGUGGAGUUACUCGGGAAUAA